GAGCGGCGCCGUGCGCGGGGGCCGGCGCCAAUGGCGGCAGGCGGAGGGGGCGGCUGACGGGAGCCCGCUGCCCGUCGCGCCCAUUCAUCGCCCGCGCCUUCCCCGGGCUUCCCCCUCCCCCCCCCCCCCCGCCGCUAUGGAGGCGCUGAUCCCCGUCAUUAACAAGCUGCAGGAUGUGUUCAACACGGUGGGGGCCGACAUCAUCCAGCUGCCGCAGAUCGUGGUGGUGGGCACGCAGAGCAGUGGAAAGAGUUCUGUGUUGGAAAGUCUUGUGGGGAGGGAUCUGCUCCCACGAGGUACUGGAGUUGUCACCCGGAGACCCCUUAUUCUGCAGCUGGUGCAUGUUUCCCCAGAGGAUGGUCGGAAAACAGCUGGAGAUGAAAAUGACCCUGCUACAUGGAAAAAUCCAAGACACCUUUCUAAAGAGAUAGAUGCUGAAGAGUGGGGUAAAUUUCUUCACACCAAAAAUAAGAUCUAUACAGAUUUUGAUGAAAUUCGUCAGGAAAUAGAAAAUGAAACAGAGAGGAUUUCAGGAAAUAACAAGGGGAUCAGUCCUGAACCUAUUCAUCUUAAGAUUUUUUCAUCUAAUGUUGUAAAUCUGACUCUUGUGGAUUUACCUGGAAUGACAAAGGUGCCUGUUGGUGAUCAGCCUAAGGACAUUGAACUUCAAAUAAGAGAGCUAAUCCUUCAAUUCAUCAGCAAUCCAAAUUCAAUUAUUCUGGCAGUCACAGCUGCUAACACAGACAUGGCCACUUCAGAAGCACUUAAAAUUGCACGGGAGGUGGAUCCAGAUGGUCGAAGAACCCUUGCUGUUAUCACAAAGUUGGAUCUCAUGGAUGCUGGCACUGAUGCUAUGGACGUGCUCAUGGGGAGAGUGAUUCCAGUCAAACUUGGCAUCAUUGGCGUAGUGAACAGGAGUCAGUUGGAUAUUAACAAUAAGAAGAGUGUAGCUGAUUCCAUUCGUGAUGAGUAUGGUUUUCUUCAAAAGAAGUAUCCUUCCCUAGCCAAUCGAAAUGGAACCAAGUAUCUUGCUAGAACACUGAACAGACUACUGAUGCAUCAUAUCAGGGAUUGCUUGCCAGAACUGAAAACCAGAAUCAAUGUUUUAGCUGCUCAGUACCAGUCUCUACUAAACAGCUAUGGUGAACCUGUUGAGGACAAAAGUGCCACUUUAUUGCAGCUUAUUACCAAAUUUGCCACAGAAUAUUGUAACACUAUUGAAGGAACAGCAAAAUACAUAGAGACUUCGGAGCUAUGCGGUGGAGCCAGAAUCUGUUAUAUUUUUCAUGAGACCUUUGGAAGAACUUUAGAAUCUGUUGACCCGCUGGGUGGCCUUAACACAAUUGAUAUUCUGACUGCCAUUAGAAAUGCUACUGGUCCUCGUCCUGCCUUGUUUGUUCCUGAAGUUUCAUUUGAAUUGCUGGUAAAAAGGCAAAUCAAACGUUUAGAAGAACCUAGCUUACGCUGUGUGGAGCUGGUUCAUGAAGAAAUGCAGAGGAUUAUACAGCAUUGUAGUAAUUACAGUACACAGGAAUUAUUGAGGUUUCCUAAAUUGCACGAUGCCAUAGUUGAAGUAGUAACCUGUCUUCUGCGUAGAAGACUUCCUGUCACAAAUGAAAUGGUUCAUAAUCUAGUGGCCAUUGAGUUAGCUUAUAUCAAUACCAAACAUCCAGACUUUGCUGAUGCCUGUGGUUUAAUGAAUAACAACAUAGAGGAACAAAGACGUAACAGGUUAGCUCGGGAAUUGCCUUCUGCUGUGUCACGAGACAAGUCUACUAAAGCUCCUGGUGCAUUGACACCUGCUUCCCAGGAGACUGUUACUGCUGCUUCUGCUGAGGCUGAUGGCAAGGCUGCUCCUGGAGCGGGAGAUACGUCUCAGGAGCCUGGAACAGGCAACUGGAGAGGAAUGCUGAAAACCUCAAAAGCAGAAGAGGUGUCGGCAGAAGAAAAAACCAAGCCAGCCGCAGCCCUACCUGCUAGUCCUCAAAAAGGACAUGCUGUAAACCUAUUAGAUGUGCCUGUACCUGUUGCACGCAAACUUUCUGCACGUGAGCAACGAGAUUGUGAAGUGAUUGAACGGCUUAUUAAAUCUUACUUCCUUAUUGUCAGGAAGAAUAUUCAGGACAGCGUGCCAAAGGCAGUGAUGCAUUUUCUGGUGAACCACGUGAAAGACACUCUUCAGAGUGAGCUGGUAGGCCAGCUGUAUAAAUCUUUGUUGUUGGAUGACCUUCUGACGGAGUCGGAGGACAUGGCACAGCGCAGGAAAGAGGCAGCUGACAUGCUAAAGGCCCUGCAGCGAGCCAGUCAGAUCAUUGCAGAGAUUCGUGAGACACAUCUUUGGUGAAGACUGUACCAGCCACACUAUUUAUAUGCAUUGGAGGUUACAUUGACUUGAAAAUUGCUAGGCAUGGUAUACGGAGUAGAAUUUUUAUUUAUGAACUCUUAUCUGUGUACUGCAACUGUGUAAAUCUGCUCAUGUAAAGACAGUUGGUUUGAUUUGCAAACAGAAAAACAUGCUGUAUUUUGCAAAAUCAGUCGUAUUUAAUCCACAUAAUAAAUAGCUCUAAAUGUUUCCUUAUGAGCUUUCUGGUGCAAUUUAAAGCAGACCAAGUCUACUGUCUCAGUGACAGUUUCAUUUGAACUUGGGGAAAAAACAUUAAAGUUCCAGUGCCUGAAUUGCUAAACAGGUUGCCUGUGGUUAAGAUGGACGGUGUAGUCUUGUGGCAUAGUUUUAAGCUGCUUUUACAAUAGAAGUUUAAAUACUGUGAAGAGAAGAAAGCACCGAGUAUUUUCUUUCAUGAAUAUAUUGCAUGCACUGACAGAUGGAGGUAUCAAUUUUAUAGCACAGUGGAGAUGUCUACCGUGUUACUAUGUAUGUGUGUCCCCAUUUUUUUUUUUGUUUCCCCAAAUGUUAAAACUGCAGACAAAACUUUGAACUUCACUUAAUGAAGUAUCACGUAGGAAGAAUUAGCCUGGAGCUUGCAAACAAUAACAGCCUACUAAAAAGUGGGUGCAGAGUUAUUCAUGUGCACUGGAGCUUGUGUAUAAAUGUUGGGGAUUAUAAUCAGGUACAAGAACACCUUCCCCUUAUUCCCCCCUGGGACCAAGCCCCUGGACCAUCUGAUAGUAAAUUUGUUCUGGCAGAAUUGAAAAAUAAAAAUGGAUUUCAAAACUGUUAUGGGAUAAUAAGUGUUUCUUUUAAAAACAGAUUAAGUUGGCCAGGGAGAAGGGGAUCCCCACUACUUCCAAAUUUUGGAAUGUGUGACAGUAUGAAAGUCUGUGGGAUUGGAAUAUUUAUACCAGAGAUUGCAGUUACUUUUGAGGAAAUUUUACUGUGCUGUAAGUAGCUUUUGCUUUUUUUUUUUUUUUUUUUUUUUUUUUUUUUUUUUUUUUUUUGAGGACAAUCCUAAAAUUAGGGAACUUUAGGUUGGAAAUUAAGUUGAUGAAUUAUUCAGAUAAAUAUUGAUCACACUAGCCUUUAAAAAGUAAACAAUUACAAUUUUUAUGAAAAAAAAAAAAAAAAUUAAACUCCAGCCAGCACACUUGCAUGUACUUUUCAAGCAGAUUCACUUUUUUGUAUAAAGCAAAAAUGUUCACCAUGGUAUCGCUGAUACUUUCAUCACAACUUGCAUGAAAAAUAGGACACUGCUGUUAACAUCCAUGGCUUGUUUUUAUGAUAUUGGGCCAAUCUAGUGAGGAUUUUAUUAUCAUAUUCAGUUCUUUCUCCACUUCAUCAGUUAACAGAAAUGGAAUUCCUUUUGUAAGCCGUCAAAGAUUGAAAAUUUAAGACCUCGGUUUACAGGAAGGUCUGUUUAAAAAUGUGUUUUUCACAUGGGAAUCUUCAGUGGCACCAAUAUAAGCACAAGUCUGACAGAUGCAACUUUUGCAUAAUUCAUGCAUGAUCUGAAAUAAUUUGUGCAGAACAUGGAAAUAUAUUUGGUAUUUUUAAACAGCCUAAAAAUUCAUGAUGUAUGCAUGACAUGUAAUGAAUACAAAGGAAGUAAUUUUAAGUACUUGCAUUGUAUCCAGAGAUGGUCGUUCUCAGAUUUAAGAAACGUGACUUGUAAAAUGCAAGCCACUUUUCAAAUCAGUUCUGGUGAACAGUGAAAGCUUUUAAAUAGUUUUUGUCAAAAGCAUUACAUUUCUGUUUGGAGUUCACCUGACACCUCUCUCCCUUUUACUUUCCACACCUAAGAAAUACGUUUCCAACAAGGUAGAGCCGUCCAUAAGUGAAGUGCUACCUAAGCUUUAACUCCCAAAGUUCAGUCAACAGUCUGUUGUGAAGAAACAUUCUUUUUGACUUGUAAACUUUUGAAAUGCUGCAUAAAGCAAGUGAAUUCCGUUUCUUUAAGAAAUUCCUGCAAGUGAUAACUGGCUUUGUAAUGUCAUGUGAAAUUUCCACAGUGUUAAUUUGUUUUUUGAAAUGUUAUGACUUUGUUUCACAAAAAUUUUUAAUUUGGUAAUGUUUGGGUGCCAAGAAAUGAACUUGAUAUGUAAUCCUUAUUGCAAGUCUUUAAAAAUCCUUGCUGUAACAAUCCUGUUAUUAAAUAAACAGAUAAUACACAAAAUUAAUUAUCCCAGAAAUAAAGUUUGGAACUGACUUGUAGUUCAGGUGACAGGAUCUACACGCUCUUUCAAGUUAAGGGUUUAACUACCUGUAUUUGUACAGCCUUAUGUAUGUUUGCACUUGCCCUCAUGCAAUUCUACAGUGGUAGUUCUUGUGUGGUUGCGUAAGUAAUAGUGUAGCCAGGCUGCUAGUGGCUAUUAAUGGCUUUUAAACCGUUGUCUAGAAUUGAGCUAAAAUACUUAAAAUGCUACUGUUACUGCCACCAUUAAAAGAAAUUGUAGGGAAAACUAUGUAAAAAAGCCUAAUGAAAGCAGCAAUUGAAAAAUUCGUGUAAUAGGCUAAUGGUUUACAAAUGUCUUCUAGUCCACCUGUUUACCUUAAACUUUGAAAUACUUUUGUCAUCAGUGCACAAACUUCAGCUACCUUAACUUGCGAUCCAGUAAAACACACAAUCAUGGGGGAGAAAAACCACUGUAGCCAAGUUUAGAUUGGUAAAUGUUUGACAUUAAUACCUGACCUAUGUGUGGUACUACUGUAAAUAAAACAUAGUAUCCCUGCGUGUAGAGAGUUUGUCAACAAAUUACUUGGGUUUGUUAGUAGUCAGUUUCAAAUUUCACUUAAUGGAAUAGAUGGGCAAGGGCAGUGUCUGUGUGCUUCAAACUGUAUUCCGAAGUAAAUGUAAAACUUAUGUAAAA